CCCGGGCUGUGCCGAGCUGCUCCCUGCGGGAUCAGAGCGCUCCCCCGCCGGGACCCUUCUCUCACAUCCCCCUGCUGGGACGCGGCUACAUUUCCAGCCAAGCACUGCCUGCCUUGGCUUUAUUAUGUGUGUCUGCGCCGCAGCCCCGCCAGCAGAGGCAGGCAGAGGAGGAGGAGGGAGACUGGUAGCCAGAGUCAGGACAAAGAAAAAGCAGGGAGACAGAGGCUAGCGAAGGGUUAGACUGGUAGAAAUAUUAGGCUGCUAUUAAUACCGCCGGUAGGGCAUUGAGAAAUAUUAACAAAAAGAAAGCGUGGGUUGUAAAAGCAGUAUUCCCCUCAGGGUGGAGAUGCUGGGGAAGAGCGCAAUGUCCAUGCCACCAGACCACCACCACUGCCUAGUGUAGAUUAGCGGGACGGAACACAGCAGGCUGGUCGGUUCGGGUCGGUGUCGCUUUCCUGGAGGAAAAAACAAAACAAAACAGACUGAAAUACUUUCGAUAAACUAAAACAGCCCCGACGAAGCCGCGAGGAGCGCGGGGGAAGAAGCCACGUUUCAUUUUGAAAGCAAUUUCCCGGAACACUCUCCGUCGCCUCUCUUCACCUGGACCGUCACGUACUGCUGUGGCACCGACACCUCGCACUCGGACGGUGCCGCUGUCACUUUUCCUCAAUACCGCGCAGGACCUGCUCAGGUGUUUGCCGCGCGCGUGGCUGGCAGCUCGCGCCCCGGUCCAUAGUGCUGGAAGAAGUCGGAGCGGCACGAGCGCCCGGGCUGCACCGGAGAAAGCAAAACGCGUGCGGGGGAAAAAGAGAAGAAAUAAAAAAAGAGCGAAGCUGUCGGCGUCGGGGCACGUUGUAACGAAGAAGACGGGGAUACUAACGGGAAGUUGCUCCCGUUUAUGCUACAGGUUGCGCGAGCCCGAGCGACCGUUGAGGAAGAAAACGCAUCAGAGGAGCCGAGUGUCGCCUCCAAGCCGCUCCACUCCCGGUGUGUGUGGUUUGUUGUCGUUGGACUAACGGCCGUUUCCCAAUCAGAGACUGAAGCUGCCGCAUUGCAACAGGCGAAGAAGCAGCAGCGAAGUGGUGGAGGAGGAGGAAAGAUAACCCGACUGUGUCCGCCUGUAUGGUUAGCUGAAAACACGGAACGGAACAAAAACAAUUAGAGAAUAAAAAUUAAGAAAGCAGUUCGAGACCAGAGAUGUCUAGACGAAAACAGGCCAAACCGCGCUCCGUUAAAGCGGUAGAAGAAGGGGAGUCUUCAGAGUGUGGAGGGACCUGGGAUGAAUCAACUGUCCAGACAGAAGUCCCCGCAUCUGACAGAGAGGCAGAGCCCAAAGAAGGUCAGGGGGCAGGCGCAGAGGAUGGAGAACAAGAGGAACACGAUGAGCGCGAUGACAGAGAUCAUGACGAUGACCUAGAUGACGAGUCCAUCUUCACCUGUGACAACUGUCAACAGGACUUUGACUGUCUGGCUGAGCUCACUGAACACAGAACCAACCACUGCCCAGCUGAUGGUGACGAUGACCCGGCAGGGCUGUCCUGGGUGCCUUCCUCGCCCUCCAGUAAAGACGUGGCAUCGCCCUCGCAGAUGCCCGAUGGCUGCUGUGACCUCGGCAUGGCCACCGGCGGCGAGGAGGAAGGUGGUGCUGGUCUGCCGUACCCCUGCCAGUUCUGUGACAAGUCCUUCAGCCGCCUGAGCUACCUAAAGCGCCAUGAGCAGAUCCACAGCGACAAGCUGCCUUUCAAGUGUACCUUCUGCAGCCGUCUGUUUAAACACAAGAGGAGCAGAGAUCGCCAUGUCAAACUCCACACAGGCGAUAAGAAGUACAGUUGUCAGGAGUGUGAAGCUGCAUUCUCCCGCUCUGAUCACUUGAAGAUCCAUCUGAAGACACACAGCUCCAGCAAACCAUUUAAGUGCAGUGUGUGUAAGCGUGGCUUCUCCUCCACCUCAUCACUGCAGAGCCACAUGCAGGCUCACCGCAAGAACCGAGAGCACCUUGCGCUGAGGAGUGAGCGAGAUGGAGGGAAGAAGGGAGACGGUGACCUGGAGCAGGACCUGUUUAUGUGCGAUUACUGCGAGGAGACGUUCAGCCAGACAGAUGAGCUAGAGAAACACGUCCUGACCAGACACCCCCAGCUGUCCGACAGAGCCGACUUGCAAUGCAUCCACUGUCCUGAGAUCUUUCUGGACGAGGCCUCUCUCCUCACGCAUAUUGAAACACAGCAUGCCAACCGCAAACACAAAUGUCCUGUCUGUUCAGAACAGUUCCCAUCUGUGGAGGAUGUCUACUGCCACCUAGAUAGCCAUCGCCAGCCUGAUUCCUCCAAUCACAGCGCUGCCAGUCCUGACCCCGCACUGGGCAGUGUGGCCUCAAUGAGCUCGGCCACUCCGGACUCUAGUGCCAGCCUGGAGAGAGGCUCCACGCCGGACUCUACCCUAAAGCCCAUCCAGGGCAUCGAACGAGGCCGCAGAAGAGUCACCGACACUGUGGAAGAGAUUGGGAUAAACCUGGGCCAUCAAGGUGGAGGCGGAGGAGGAAAUUGGGGUAAAGUGACGUACUCUUGCCCUUACUGCUCAAAGAGAGACUUCCACAGCCUGGCGGUGUUGGAGAUCCAUCUGAAGACCAUUCACGCAGACAAGCCGCAGCAGAGCCAUACGUGUCAUCUCUGCCUGGACACUCUGCCAACACUUUACAACCUCAAUGAACACGUGCGGAAAGCUCAUCGUGGCAGCGGAGGAAACGUAGGCUCAGCAGCAGCAGCUUUUCCCCUGCUGCAGUUCACUAACGUCACAGCAUUUCACUGUAACUACUGCCCAGACAUGUUUGGAGACAUCAACUCUCUGCAAGAACACAUCAGAGUGUCGCACUGCCUGCCUGGUGGAAUUGUGGCGGGAUCUACCACAUUAGAGGGGAACCAUGCCUUCUUCUGCAACCAGUGCUCCAUGGGAUUCCUGACGGAGUCUUCGCUGACAGAACACAUUCAGCAGACACACUGCACCUCGGCUGCAGGGGGUGGAGCUGCAUCUGGAGGAGCGGUAGCCAAACUGGAGUCUCCUGUACUACAGGCUGCAUCGCAGUCCUUCAUGGAGGUUUACUCCUGCCCUUACUGCACCAAUUCUCCUAUCUUCGGCUCACUCCUCAAGCUCACCAAGCACAUAAAGGAGAACCACAAGAACAUCCCGUUGGCUAACAACAAACGGCAGGCAAAGGUUGCCGACCUAAGCCCCGCCUCCUCCGACGUAGAAAUCUCCUCCCCGAAACGUCACAGACUGGGAGGGGACUCCACCCCCUCCAUGGGGAGUAAUGGGGACUACCCGUGCAACCAGUGCGACCUACGAUUUUCCAGCUUCGAGGGUUUCCAGGCCCACCUUAAGUCGCACCUGGAGAUGCUACUGAGGCGCCAGUCCUGCCCCCAGUGCAACAAGGAGGACUUUGAAUCCCAGGAGGCAUUGCUUCAACACCUGACAGUGCACUACACCACCACGUCGACACAGUAUGUGUGUGAGAGCUGCGAUAAGCAAUUCUCCUCAGUGGAUGACCUGCAGAAACACCUGCUGGACAUGCACACAUUUGUUCUGUACCACUGCACUCUCUGCCAGGAGGUGUUUGACUCCAAGGUCUCCAUACAGGUGCAUUUGGCAGUGAAGCAUAGCAAUGAGAAGAAGCUGUUUCGCUGCACAGCCUGUGCCUGGGACUUCAGGAAGGAGUCGGAUCUUCAGAUCCAUGUUAAGCAUAACCACCUGGGCCAGAGGUCAGGCCUCCCAGGGGGGCUCGGAGCAGGACUCAAGCCCCGGAAGUGCAUCUUCUGUGGUGAGACAUUUGGAACAGAGGUGGAGCUCCAAUGCCACAUCACCACACACAGCAAGAAGUUCACGUGUCGUUUCUGCGGCAAAGCUUUCCAAGCCAUCUCGCUACUAGAGAGACACCUGAGGGAGAAGCACUGCAUCUUUGAUGGUGGAAACAUCACUGGCAAUGGAAGUGGUGCAGGGAGCGGUGGGAGUCAAAACGGGACACCCAAUGGGCUGGCGCAGUCCUCAAAGCGAGUGGGAGCAAGUGGUGGCAAUGGAGGCGCAGGAGGUGUUGAAAGAGCAACUGUGGUGGCGGCUGAGCAGGCCGACCUGCAGAACAUGUUGUUGAAGAGCGCAGUUGUGGGAGGAGGAGCCGGACAGGGAGGAGAUACAGCCAACAGCCACGAGGCAAGCGGAGGUGAGGAGGAGCUGGACAAUUCGGAGCCCAUGUACGCCUGUGAUAUUUGCGGAGCGGCUUACACCAUGGAGUCGCUUCUGCAGAACCACCGGCUGCGUGACCACAACAUCCGACCGGGAGAAGAUGAUGCUGGUUCUCGAAAGAAGAAGGCAGACUUCAUCAAGGGGAACCACAAGUGCAAUGUAUGCUCCAGAACUUUCUUCUCUGAGAAUGGUCUUCGUGAGCACGCCCAGACGCAUCGUGGCCCCGCCAAACACUACAUGUGUCCGAUAUGUGGCGAGCGUUUUCCCUCUCUGCUAACCCUCACUGAACACAAGGUGACCCACAGUAAGAGCCUGGACACAGGUACUUGUCGAAUCUGUAAGAUGCCCCUGCAGAGUGAGGAGGAGUUUAUAGAGCAUUGCCAGAUGCACCCUGACCUCCGCAACUCCCUCACCGGCUUCCGCUGCGUCGUCUGCAUGCAGACCGUCACCUCCACCCUGGAGCUGAAGAUCCACGGCACCUUCCACAUGCAGAAGCUCUCCACUGGUUCUGCGCUUGGAGGAGCUGGAGGAGGAGGUGGGAAUGGAGGAGUCGGAGGAGGGAGCGGUUCAGCUUCUUCAUCCCCUAACGGGCAGCUGCAGCAGCAUAAGCUGUAUAAAUGCGCCUUCUGCCUCAAGGAGUUCAAGAACAAAGGGGAGCUUGUGAAGCUGGAUGUCAACGGCCUGCCUUAUGGCCUCUGUGCUGGCUGCAUGAGCAGGGGCACAAACGGCCAGAGCCCGAGCCAGGGAGGAGCUGCCACACCUGGGGACACGCAGGGAGAGAAGGCCAUGGCUGGGCUGAGGUGUCCAGAGUGUGGGGUAAAGUUCGAAAGCGUGGAGGACUUGGAGAGUCACGUCCAGACAGAUCAUCCUGAGGUCAGCCCUGAAACCAGCACAGCAGGAAAGAAGUCUGAGGCUUCACCUGCACCUAAGAAAAAGACCUACCAGUGUAUUAAAUGCCAAAUGACGUUUGAGACAGAAAGGGAGAUCCAGAUUCAUGUCGCCAAUCACAUGAUCGAAGAGCCCACCUGUCGGCCAGAGGAGGGCAUCAAUCACGAGUGCAAGCUGUGUAACCAGAUGUUUGAUUCACCUGCCAAGCUGCUUUGCCACCUGAUAGAGCACAGCUUUGAAGGCAUGGGAGGUACCUUCAAGUGUCCCGUCUGCUUCACAGUGUUUGUGCAGGCCAACAAGCUCCAGCAGCACAUUUUCGCCGUUCAUGGCCAGGAAGACAAAAUUUACGACUGUUCCCAGUGUCCGCAGAAGUUCUUCUUUCAGACAGAACUACAGAACCACACACUGAGUCAGCACGCGCAGUGAGACCGAGGCCCGGCAGGAUCUCUCGGCUCAGCCGGGGCCCCCGACCCGGCGCCGGCAGGGGACUCCCAUCUCCACAUCACAGCCAAUCAAAGUGUCAUUUGCUACUCACAUGUAAAACUCUAACGAUCGCGCCACUGGGCGCGGCUAUUAGGAGCAGCGGGGGAAAGGAAUAUUAAUGGGAUAUGCUAUUAAAUAAAGAAAGGAAAAAGUGGGUGAGAGAAACGGUAAGAGCUAGAUGAAGGAAAGAGAGGAGUGAAAAAAGGUAUUGUACGUGCAGUAUUUUUUAUUGUCCCUGCCAACCCCCCCACCCCCCACC